CUUCCACGAGUUGCGAUCGCAUACUGUACGCAGUGCAAGUGGGGCUUACGUGCGGCCUACUAUGCGCAAGAAUUACUAUCGACAUUCGGCACGACUAUUGGAGAAGUUGCUCUGAUACCGGCCACUGGAGGACUCUUCACUGUGCGACUAACGUACGCUGUGGGAAGCGCCGAGUCGGAUGGACAGGCCAGAGCUGAGGAAGUCCUGAUCUGGGACAGGAAGGCCGAAAGUGGCUUUCCGGAGACGAAGAUCUUGAAGCAACUCAUCAGGAACAAAAUCGAGCCGGAAAAGAACUUGGGCCACUCCGAUACUCCCUCAUCGAAG